AUGGGAGAGCCUUGGCCAGACUCCCACUCUCCUCCUCCUGCAGCCCCACCUCCCCGGUUCUGCUUAACUCCCCGUCAGACCAUCGGUGGGGCCACCAUUCCUGUCCUCCCUGUCCCCACCAUGCUCUGGUGGCUGCUGCUCUGUGGCGCCCUGGGCUGUGGGGCAGACCAGGCGGCCCCGCUCGUCUUCACCAUGCUGCAACAGACCCGCGUCUCCAAAGGCAUCUCCGUCUUCUGGGGGAAUGCCAGCCUGGACGGGCAGCUCAGCCAUCUCCUGGAGGGGUUUAAUGUCACCCAGGUGCUGCCUCUGGAGCCCCCGGAUGCCUGGGCCAGGCGACAGCAGGACGUGGCCACCUACCUGGUCUACUUUGGCCAGCUGGUGAAGCUCUUCAACAUGGAGAGGCCCAUCAACUACACCCAGAUGCUGUGCUGCCACCUGGGCUGCCGCCUCUUCCCCAACGGCACGGCCCACAGCUUCUACGAGGUCACCCUCAACGGGACGGCUUUCCUCAGCUUCCACGUCCCCAACGCCACCUGGCAGCGGCGCUGGCCUGGCAGGGACAUAGUGGCUGCCUUUGCCGAGAGGGAGCUGAUGAAGUACCCCGAGACCACCCAGGAACUCCAGCAUUUUCUCAACACCACCUGCGUCAGCAUCCUGCGGGCUCAGAGUGCCUGGACAGGAAAACAGAGCAGCCGGUCGCAUGCCCCGCUGGUGCUGGGCCUGAUCCUGGGGAUCUUUGCCUUGCUGGGCAUGGCCGUGGGGAUCUUCUUGUGCACAGGAGGGAGCUGCUAACAGAUCCGGAAGAUGUCCCACGUCACCCCAUGGAGGCAGGGGACGGACCCAUCGUCACCCUGUGGAGCAGGGACCGAGCCUGCACCCCGCAAGAGAUAACAUCUCCCCAGCACUGCAGGCUUUGCUCCCAAAGGACUCUGGUGGCUUCCCUGCCCAGUCCCAGCUGGGGUCACCCCUCCAGCAGCAGCACCCUGCCCCGGGGAUGGCCCCCACGCCGGGCUGGCACAGUGCACUGAGACUUAACGUAGAAAUACACUUGGCACAGAUGGAAAACAUGGGGAAGGGGGAUGGGGUAGGGAGAAAGUGGCAGGAGAAAUGGCCAAGAAAGGGUUAAAAGGAUGGCAUUGAGCCCACAUUUAUCCUUGUUCCAGUGGGGAUAAUUGACUCGGAGGGAGGAUGUCACACCUUUGUGGCACUGCUUUGAGAUGUUCUGUAAAUAAAACCACCUGUCAGCUCUCA